AUGAUCUGGAACAUCUAUAUUACAAACGCGCACGACUUCAGAAAUGCAAGAAUUUUGGGCGGAUUCUUUGCAGGCAUGGUUGAGGCACUUGGCCCAACAAUUAUUGCAGACUGCUUCCCAGAGAAACACCUUGCCUCAGCUAUGGUCACAUAUAUGAUGUCUCUUGGACUCGGCACAGCUUUUGGGCCUCUUAUAGCUGGCGUCGUCGCUCACGUCACGGGGACCUGGCCCUGGUUCUUCAAGUUCCUGGCAAUCAUUACGGGUAUCAAUCUCUUGGGAACAAUCAUCAUGCUCCCGGAAACAUAUCACGAUCACUCGAUGGAUCCCACCAGCGAGUCAGAACCUGGGAAUUCUAUCCAGGGUAUUGCCUCACACGAGGAAACCGUCCAUGAGAGCAAAGGAUCAGAGCUUGCAAAUCCGCGCAUGGAGCACAAGGAAGAUGCACUACCAAGGGGCUCUGCUUCGGGAUCAGGAACGCCAGGCGAUUCUUCGCUGUUUCAAAUUUGGUUGUGGCAAUCCUUCUACCUGAAAAGACCAAAGGGUGCCCCAGCUCCGACAUUGCUCAGGUCGCCUCUUCUGUGGUUCAUUGUCGAACCGUUUUUGCUCCUCCUUGCGCCUGCAGUCUUUGUCACGGGAAUUAUAAACGGUGUCCUGAUUGCAUUCGUUGUAACUGCUUCGGUCGUUCUGGCUGCGUUUUUGCAAAGCCCCCCUGCGUUGUGGUCAGCACUAAGCUUCAGCCUUCUCAACCUUUCGAGCCUGGUCGGUAUUGUUCUCGGUAUACCAAUCGGCGGUCUCAUUGCCGACGUUCUCUCCCGUCGCAGUGCGAAGAAGAACGACGGCUUCCAUAUUCGAGGCGCUCGUCUGCCAGGAGCACUUCCUGGAGCUAUUCUCAGUCCGCUCGGCCUUAUUGUUCUAGGUAUUGCUCUUGACAAAGACUCCCAUUGGAUUGUUUCAGCAGUUGGAUUCGCUUUCCUUGGUUUCGGUAUCACCUCGUCUGCGAACGUCCUGUUAACGUACAGCAUCGAUUGCUAUCCCUGGCAUUCCACCGGCAUCGCAGCAGUCAUCAAUGUGGUCAAAAGUUGUAUGGCAUUUGGCCUUUCAUAUGCGGCUGUGCCUUGGGCUCUAUCUUCUGGGCCCUUGAAGGAAUUUGGAACACUGGCCGGCAUCUUCUGGUUUUGCUUCAUGGCUAUUCUGCCACUAUACCUUUUUGACGAACGCAUCAGGCAGUGGUCGUUACAAUACAUCCCCACCUUCUAA